CGUAUAACUAUGAAUACGCGGUGUGGAUUGGGUUUAUUUAAUCACUUCAGCUCCUCCCGGGUUCGCCGUACGCUCCGGAAAACCUAGUCCGCUCCUCCCAUUCCCACGGACGUACUUAUUCCAACAUCCAUAUACUCGUACUCUAUCGCCACUCCAAGCACACUCUGCACUCACUUCAAUCAUGUUGUUGUCACGGGAAGAGUUGAGCCGGCUAUCGGUCAUGGAUCCAACGAUCGCAGAAGUCGUAAACACGACCCCCCGCCCGGAGAUCGACUUGGCGAACAUCGACUGGAACAAGAUGCGUGUCGGCAUGAAGGCCAUGGAAGACGCCUACAACGCCGGCGCCAUCCCCGCUGCCGACGAAAGCUACCAUCAACUCCCCAUGCGAGACGGAUUUACCAGCACGAUUAAGAUCCAUAAGCCUAUUGAUGCUGCUCCUGGACCGCUUAUCGCCCUGUUCUUUGGCGGAGGCUUCGUGUGCGGCUCGCUCGAGCAGUUCACCCGGACUGCGCGAGCGCUCAAUAAAGUGCUUGGAGCGACGGUGGUGAGCUGUGCGUAUCGUCUGGCUCCGGAGUAUCAGUUCCCCACCAGCCAGCUGGAUGCGUUGGACUCGAUGAAAUGGAUUGCCGAGAAUGCGACCGGAUCUCUGUUGCACUCUGACCCGUCGAAGGGGUUCAUCAUCGGAGGCAUAUCCGCUGGCGGAGCCAUCGCCGCCGCCCUGUCUCGACUAUUCCAAGACGAACCUCUCGCCCACCCAAUCACAGCGCAGUGGCUCGCCAUUCCCUCCGUAAUGGAAGAGACCCGCGUGCCCAAGGGCUACGAGAACUACUACAUCUCCGCCGACGAGCAAGCCGAUGGACCGUUUUUGUCGAAGAAGUCGCGCAAAGCAAUGCAGAAGGCUUCUGGCCGCGAUCCCAAGUCUCCUUUGGGCUACGCUAUCAAUGCCACCUCUCCCUUUUCCGGCCAGCCCAAGACGUAUUUCCAAGUUGAUGGUGCGUUUCGAGACUCGACUUGUAUGAUUCCGCUGACCGUUCACAUAGGCAUGGAUCCCCUUCGAGACGACGCACUCAUCUACGACGACCUCCUCACCAAAGCCGGCGUGACGACCAAAGUCGACAUCUAUCCCGGCUGUCCACACGGCCACUUCAGUUCUUUUGCCGGCUUGGAGAUUACGGAUCGAGCCAACAUUGAUUCCAUCGUUGGCCUUGGGUGGUUGCUAGGGAAGGAGAUUCCGCGGGACAUCGCCGCGGAAGCGCUCGGCCUUGCAGCACGAUGAUCGUCUGCUAGGUGCUGUUGAGAUUAUUCGAGGAAUCGAAUGAGAAAUCUCGGAAUCUCACCACUCUGUGAGUAGAUUGUCCAUUGUGUAGGGUAUCUAGACUUCUUCCCUCGAGUCAACUCCUUGCCAUUCUCAAAAGUGAGGCCUUUGACUCGUGGUACAUGUCUGUCACUCUGCGCACAAGUCUUGCUUUCUAAAGCAGUCUAAUGCUCUAAGGCUGUCGAGUCUGGCGAAAGCGGAGCGC